GAUCUUAUAUAAUUUGAUGACUUAAGCUCCACGGUUCAAUCAUACCCAAAUACAAACAUCCUCAGACCAAGUUGUAAAAACCUCGCCCUCAAGCUUCUUUUUCUCCUUCCUUCCUUCCUUCCUUCUCUCUCUCUCUCUCUAUAUAUAUAUAUAUAUAUAUAUUUUCCGUAGAAAUUCUCUCAAGUUGAAGGGUUAUGUGAUGAUCAACAACUUGGAAGAAAUAUUGGCUGGGAUCUUCUGCAUCAAUGAAAUUAUAGGGUGGAUUCAUUGUCUCUCUUGAUUAAGCUUCCGAUCAAUAUAAAGCGAUGACAGAAGACAUGAAGGAGAUGAAUGGAGUGGAAAAGAGGGCUGACGGCGAAGUAUGUUCCCAGAAGUGGACGAACUUUGACUUGAAUGAAGAUGCUGUGAGCUAUGAGGACGAGGAUGAGAAUUUUGGGAAGGAGAGUGAAGUUAGUGUUGAAGAGGAUGAGAUUGAGAAGAGAAGUGAGGGGAGUUGCAGCAAUAACAUUAAUGGAGGCAUUAAUAAUAACGAUAGAAGAAGAGUGAGGCAAUACGUUAGGUCAAAGCUGCCUCGGCUUCGGUGGACUCCUGAUCUUCAUCUCUCUUUUGUGCAUGCCGUUGAAAGACUCGGUGGACAAGGCAAAGCAACUCCGAAGUUAGUUCUUCAGUUGAUGAACGUGAAGGGACUUAGCAUUGCCCAUGUAAAGAGUCAUUUGCAGAUGCAUAGAAGUAAGAAGCCUGACGUGACCGGACAAGUUUUCAGCAAAAGUAAUCGAUCAAUAAAAGGAAGGGAAGAAUUUCGGAGCAUAUUGUUGCAGCAAGCCGCCGCCGUAGGCUCGGGUCCUCGUCAACAUUUCAGAAUGGAAAAUGGUGGAAUUGUCUUAGCCGCUGAGUCUCUUGAAAAUAACAUCACACCGACUCCUCUUUACCAACGGCCACUAGAUUUCAAACCCAGCUUUCCCAGGCACCACUUACCGCUAAAUUCUUUGAUAAGCAAAGGUGGAGAAGAACAUGGUUUCCCAAAGGCUGCCUUCAACAAUGAAGGGCUUGUGCGAAUGAGACCCAUGAGACCAGGCCGGGUUCUUGGAGAGAAGAGGUGGCAUCCUUUCCAUAUGAUCUGUAAUAGAUUGGAAGUUAAAGGAAAGGACACAUAUAGACCCAAUGAGGCCAACCUGGGAAACAACUACAUUGUUGGGCAGUUUCUUUCCAACAAGCUUGAUUUCUUGAGCAAAGUUGAUGAUUAUAAAUCCGAGUUUGACGCCUCACUUUUGAUGAAUAUGAAUCAAGAUAAAGUGAUGAAGGAUAUGGAAUGGUUACCCGAUCUACAGUUAAGAUUAAGCCAAAGGUUUGGAAUUGAUGAUGAAAAGAAAUCACAUUGUAAAGGCUUGCACGAAAUUAACACUCAACUUUCACUUUCUUAAGUUUAAUGCAAGACACAGUAGAAUUGUUCAAAGAA